GUACUGUUUCUCUGCAUCAUGGCUGUGCCCCUGUUCGAUCGUCCUAUCGCUCUCAUAAUCCGUCGAGCAUUCCGUCGACGUCAUAUUCGAAAAAUAUCAGAAACACCGCUCCCCUUGCAAGACAUAUCGCAACGAUGACAUCUUCCUCUAUUAAAUUUGCGGAUAUCGCCGUCAACCUCACCGACGACAUGUUUCUCGGUCGAUAUCGGGGCAAACAGUUACAUGAAGCCGACCUCGACCAUGUGGUACAGAGAGCGAAAGAUCGAGGAGUCGAACGAAUGAUGAUCACAGGGACCAGCCUGGAAAGCUCAAAGCAGGCUCUAGAGUUGGCAAGACGGUACGACCUACAUGCGACUGUAGGAUGUCAUCCGACUUCGACAGCAGAGAUCGAUAGUCACAAGACAGGCGUAGAUGGAUAUAAACGGGACCUAGAAGAGUUGAUCGAUAGCGAGAUUGCAAAGGGAGCAGAAUCCCGGUUGGUCGCUAUCGGAGAGAUCGGACUCGACUACGAUCGACUCCACCAUUCCCCAGCUGAUACGCAGCGACAACACCUGCCCUACCUCCUUUCUCUUGCCGAAAAAUACGGACUACCGAUGUUCCUGCAUUCUCGCCAUCCAGAUGCACACAAGGACUUGGUCAAGGGUUUCAAAGCGGCAGGAUGGGAGAAGGGCGCUCAGCAGAUGAGAGGGAGGACGGGCGUCGUACACAGCUUCACAGGAAGUCGGGAGGAGAUGGAAGAGCUGUUGGAAUACGGGCUGUAUAUCGGGAUCAACGGAUGUUCAUUGAAGACGCAAGAGAACCUGGAAGUCGUCCGAGCCGUACCCCCAGAUCGGAUUAUGUUGGAAACAGAUGCUCCAUGGUGUUCCAUCACAACCACUGCGGCCUCGCACGCAUACCUGCCAAAAGAUGGACCGUACGGCGCGGUAGAAAAGACCAAGACGCUCAAACCGGGUGGUCAGACUGGGGUCAAGGGGAGAAACGAGCCGGCGGAUGUGACGACAAUCGCUUGGGUGGUCGCACAGGUGAAGGGUGUACCGGUAGAGGAAUUGGUCAAGGCCGCUUGGGAAAACUCGCUCCGGGUCUUCUGGCCAGAUCGGUUGUAGCUCUGCUUGCUGAUAUUAUGCAUGGUCAUGUUGUUACACAACCGUCGAACUUCAUCGUGAAUCUUCACAUCAACUAGCAAGCUCAGCCUUCGGCUUGAUUUCAGGAUGUUCGCCAUUUACAACGCCCAGCGGUUUGACAUCGGCGACGGACGGCGGUUUGACGUCGGCA